AUGUCAAUAUGUCAGGAUCUCGGCCUUAAUUUCCAACAGAGAAUGGGCGCAAAUAUAUCGCAGUUAGAAAGAGAUAUCGGGUCAGAGCAGUUCCCACCUAAUGAACAUUAUUUUGGUUUAGUUAAUUUUGGCAACACUUGCUACAGCAAUUCAGUGCUGCAAGCAUUGUACUUCUGUCGGCCUUUUAGGGAAAAAGUUCUAGAAUAUAAAGCAAAGAAUAAAAGGACCAAGGAGACACUCUUAACAUGCCUCGCAGAUUUAUUUUAUAGCAUUGCCACACAGAAGAAGAAAGUUGGCUCCAUUGCGCCUAAAAAGUUUAUUGCUAGGUUAAGAAAAGAAAAAGAAGAGUUUGAUAAUUAUAUGCAACAGGAUGCCCACGAAUUUCUUAACUUCCUUAUAAAUCAUAUAAAUGAAAUUAUUUUAGCGGAACGAAACCAGAGUACGUUAAAACUUCAAAAGCCAUCCGGCGAGGGUGUAACGUGCAACGGCACGGUACCACAGAACACAGAACCCACGUGGGUUCAUGAGAUAUUCCAGGGCACCCUCACUAGUGAGACUAGGUGCCUCAACUGUGAAACAGUUAGCAGCAAGGAUGAGCACUUCUUUGAUUUACAGGUGGACGUAGGCCAAAAUACAAGCAUAACCCAUUGCCUAAAGUGCUUCAGUGAUACGGAAACCCUCUGCAACGAUAACAAGUUCAAAUGUGACAACUGCAGCAGCUACCAAGAGGCUCAGAAACGGAUGAGGGUAAAGAAGCUGCCUCUCAUCUUGGCCCUACAUCUCAAACGCUUCAAGUAUAUGGAACAGUAUAAUAGGCACAUCAAGGUGUCCCAUCGAGUUGUCUUCCCAUUGGAGUUAAGGCUUUUUAACACGUCUGACGAUGCGGUGAACCCGGACCGUUUAUACGAUCUUGUAGCGGUCGUGGUGCACUGCGGCUCCGGUCCCAACCGGGGACACUACAUCAGCAUCGUCAAGAGCCAUGGGUUUUGGCUGCUCUUCGAUGACGACAUGGUCGAUAAAAUCGACGCAUCUGCUAUAGAAGACUUCUACGGCCUAACUUCUGAUAUACAAAAAUCGUCUGAAACUGGAUAUAUACUUUUUUAUCAGUCCAGAGACGCUAGUUGUUAA